AUGUCGAAGCUACUUAGUUUAACAGUGAAGGGUAUUCGUUUGUUCAAUCCAGACCCAAAAGACGAGUCAACUCAGACAAUAGAUUUAGAUGAUAAAAUGACUUUGAUAACAGGACCAAAUGGAUCCGGAAAAACAACUAUUUUUGAAGCUAUCCAAUAUGCUUUAAUAGGAGUCAGCCAAGAGAAUUCAGGAGGUAUUGGAUUAUUUUAUGAUCGCAAAGUUCUUGGAAAGGAACAAUAUACCGCUGAAUGUCGAUUAAAAUUUAGAGGAGUUGAUAAUCAUAUAUAUCAAAUUGUUAGAAAGAGAAAUAUUACUGAUGAUUUAAAUAGAGAGAUAUCACAAAUAUUAGAUGAACAAGGUAAAAUUAUAUAUUCCACAAAAGCAGAAAUUGAUUUCCAAAUUCCUCGACUGUUUGGUAGUUCAAAGUCCAUUAUUAAAAAUGUCAUUUUUUGCAAGCAAUUCGAGCAAACUUGGCCAAUAGAAAUGGCUGGAAGUAAAUUGAAAGAAAGAUUUGACAAAAUUUUUGGUAUUGAAGCAUAUAAUAAAGCUCAUGAUGAGAUUUAUAAAGCAUUAAAAUCUAAAAUAUCCGAGUUAAAAGAAGAAAAUAAUGUUUAUCCUUUGAUCAAAAAAUCAUUCGAUAAAAAGAAAAUAAUUGAACAAAGAAUCACAGACGAACAGUAUGAAAUAUCCAGAAUAAAAGAACAAAUGGAGCAAAUAGCUGCUGAAAUCGCAGAAAAAAAUGAAAAACAAACGAGAUAUAACGAUUUGAACAAUUUGAUUUCUCAAAAAGAAGGAGAACUCAAAGGGAUAAUUGAACAGAUAGAAAAUUACAAAAAAGAAAAUUGUGAAGUAACCAAAACUCUAAAUGAACUCGGUAAUGAAGAGGUGCAGAUAAUUGAUGAGCUAGAAUCAAUAAAAAUUGACAUUAAUUCCAAAAAUAUUGAAAUCAAUAAAUUCAAAAAUGAGAUUGAACAACUUGAUGGUGAAAAGAAAGAAAUCAUUAAGAAAUUGGAGAGUCAAAGAUCAAUAAAUAAUCAAAUUAAUGAUAAUGAACAGAAGAUAUCUAAAAAUAAGAAAGAAAUCAAAUCAAAAAUCAAUGAAAUCAAAGAAUUGAUUCAUGAAGAGAUUGAUGAAGAAAAUUUCUCAAAAAUCAUCAAGGAAAAACAAAAAUCAUUGAACAACGAAGAAAAUUCUAUUCGUGUCGAAACAGACAAAGAAAAGACUAAAUAUGAAAAAAGUCAAAUCGAAUUAGAUUCUAAAGAAAAAUCACUUGAAAACAAAAAUAAAACAAAAAAUGACAUUGAAUCAGAUUUAAUCGAAAAUCUUGGAAGUACCGAUUUUGAAAACGAGUACAAAAAGUACAAAAAUGAACAAGAAAAUCUUCAAAAACUUAUUUCACUUGACACAAAAAGUCAAAGUAUCUAUGAAGAAUUUGUUUCAGAGAGUCGAAGUGAAUCAUGCCAAUGUCCUCUUUGCAAGAGAAAGUUCAAAGAUAACUCAGAACGUGACGAAUUCAUCAAAAACGAACUUGAAAAAGUUUUGAAAGAUCUUCCUUCAAAAAUCGCAUCAAAUGAAGAAAAAUUGAGAAAAGUCAGCGAAAAAAUUGAGAGUAUUGAAAAUCUUCGAGACAAACAUUUUAUUUAUCAACAAGUUUUAGAAGAUAUUCCUAAACUUGAAGAAGAAAUCGAUACCUUGAAAUCUAAAAGAGAUCAAAACUUCGAAGAAUAUCAACAAAUCAAACAAAAUUAUGAUGAAAUUCGAUCUAAAAAAGAAAAAUUUGAACAUGAAGUCAUUCAACUAAAGAAUUCAAUUGAUUUAUUAAAUAAUGAUUGUUCUAGCUACGAAGAAAAUAUCAAAAGACUUCAAUCAAAUCUUAGUGAUAGCAUUUAUAUUGAAUCACUUGAGAAUUCUCUUAAUAAUAUUGGAGUACAACAAGACAAAUUAAAGUCAAAUAUUGAAAAUUAUCAAAAAGAAAUUGAUGAAAAAAGUAAAAAACAAAUAUCUCUUUAUAAUAUGAAGUCUAAAAUAGACAGAGUUAAAGUUUAUCUAAACAACAAAGAGAAAUUAAAUCAAGUUACCCAUGAAAUUGACGAAUUACAUAUUUUAAUCUCAGAAGUUAAUGAUUGGAAAGAUCUGGACAAAUUGAAAACAGAAUUUGGAAUGCUCAAAGGAAGGAAAGAAGAAAAAGAAAUUGCUUUAAAUCGUGACACUUAUGAAUUAGAAAAUGAAUUUAAAGGUAUUGAAGACAAUAUAAGGGAAAAUUAUUAA